CCGCGCUGUCCGCCACACUUGGAGCGACUCUGCAGUUUGAAGCAGCACACGGCCAGCCGCAGAGCCGAGUGUUGGGAGAGAUGUCAGCGGGAAGUCAUGCCACCAGGAGCCGCGAGAUCCCGGCCGUCCGCCGGGUCGCCAUCCACGAUGCCGCUCACAUGCCCCAGGACUACUCCACGACUCCGGGAGGGACUCUGUUCAGCACUACGCCAGGAGGAACCAGAAUCAUCUAUGACAGGAAGUUCCUCCUGCAAUGUCGGACGUCUCCUCUGACUCGUACGCCUCCCAAACUGCCCGACAUCCCGGGAGUCACCAGGCCGCUCAAACCCGACUCCCCCAGCAACACAGACCAGCCUGAACAGACAGCCGGCAACAACACGGAGCACAGCCUGCACACAGAGGAGAGCGCAGAAGACGCUCAGUUUGAAAUGGACAUCUGAGGAGACUCGGCCACGAGGAUGAGAGUGAUUCCCGACAUUGUCGUUGCUUUUUUGUUUACCGGCAUUAAAAAGUGAUCGGUUGAAAUGAGAAGCCCAGUCUUACAAUGCUGUGUAAUCAAAUAGUUCUGAAAACGUGACAGUAUUUUUUUGUAAUGCUUUAUAUGUGUUCAAAUGUUGUACUCUCUUAUAGAACAACGCUAACUGAUGCAUACAAUUGUUUCUUUACCUUGAUGGACACUUUGUAUGAUGUGUAGCAUAUUUGACAUGUAAGUCAAAGUCUUGAAAAUUAAACCGUUAAUAUUUUACGUAAUGACUCACUUAAUGACCUUAAACACCUCUUUACUACCACUGUCCUUUUUUUGCCUGAUGUGGCAUUAUCAUUGCGCGAAAUUAGCGUCUUCAUUUAAAC